UCUCUAUCUAACACGCACACACGCAAAACAUGCAUGAACAAGAUUGCUAAUGCUGUAGUUCAAUCUCUUGUUGAUUCUUGAGUGUAGAUUGUGUUUUUUUUUCCUGGGUUUUCUGUAAAGAUCAUUUCUGUGCUGGUAUAAAUCUUGCAACAAACGCUCAUUGUGAAGUUUAGUGUAGUUUUUAGCUUUUCUUCGAAGGUUCUUUAGAUACGUUGAGAAGUUGCAAAUUCGCGUUGUUUUGCAUCUGAGUUUCGACAAUGAAGAAGAAAGUUAAGCAAAAGAUCAUAAACAAGGAAGAAAUAGCUGAAGACUGGUGUUUCGCAUGCAAAGAUGGAGGAAUACUCCGUGUAUGCGACUACAAGCAAUGUCUAAAAUCCUACCAUCCUUCUUGUGUGGGAAAGGAUGAUUCAUUUUUGGAUGGUGAAAGCCAGUGGAAUUGUGGUAAGCCACCCGUGACCCCGACAGCUGAUUGGCAUAUUUGCUCUCUCUGCCAUAGACCUUCAGAAUAUCACUGUUUUACUUGCACCAGUGCAUUGUGCCACCACUGCCGUCGUGCAUCAGAGUUUGUACAAUUUAAAGGCAAAAAUGGAUUCUGCUACAGUUGUCUAAAGCUUGUGGUCCUGAUUGAAGAAGACAUGAAUUAUGAUUCUGACGGGGAGAAGGUAGAUUUUAAAGACAGAGAAACAUUUGAGGGGUUGUUCAUGGAAUAUUAUGAGAUCAUUAAAGAGAAAGAACGUCUAAAUAUGAAGAAUAUUCGUUCAUCACUAGAUAGGCUAAAUAAGAGAAAGAGCUACAAGUCUGAUUCUGAUUCAAAAGAAUUUGCUGAAGAUCAUGAAGAAGAGAGUUCUGAUAGUGAGGACAACGAUUAUGGGAAGAAUUGCUUGAACCAGUACAAGAAAAGGAAAACUGAGAGAUCCAAUUCCAAUAGAGAGGAGUUUAUGGGCUGGGGUUCCCGAUAUCUAUUUGAGUUUCUUGCUUCGAUUGGUAAAGAUACUAGUGUAGCUCUAUCGCAGCAUGAUGUACUUUCCAUUAUAAAUGAUUAUGUCAAAGAAAAUAAGCUUUUUGAUCCGAAGAACAAGAAAAAAAUAAUAUGCGAUGCCAGUUUAAAAUCUCUUUUUAGGAGGAGGACAAUAAAUAAAUACAGAAUAUAUGAUCUUCUGGAUACCCAUUUUAAGGAGAACCAAGAUGAAACCGAAGAGGAUGAACUUGGGAAUAAUUCGGAAGACAAUGAAGCCAAAAUCUCUGUUGCUUGUAAAAGGCAGAGAAAGCAGGAUGCUGUGAAAAAAUCCCAGACAGAUGGGAAAGUAUAUGGUGCCCCUCGAAGUUAUUUCGCAUCCAUUAUAACUGACAAUAUGAAACUCGUCUACUUCAAGAAAAGCUUGCUAUUUGAGCUAUUUGAGCAACCUGAAUCAUUUGAAGAAAAGGUGAUAGGAAGCUUUGUUAGAGUCAAAACAGACCCAUAUGAUUACAAUCAAAAAAAUUCUCAUCAGCUCGUGCAAGUCAAAGGUAUAGAAAAGGUUUCAGUUGGUGAAAACAAUACUGAUAUCAUCCUUAAAGUUUCAUCUAUGCCAAAUGAAAUUCCCAUGAAACUGCUGUCUGAUAAUGAUUUCUCUGAGGAAGAAUGUGAAGAUUUGAGAAAAAAAGUGAUGGACGGCCAGCUCGCGAGGCCUACAGUGGUGGAGUUUGAAAGGAAGGCCAGAAUUCUUCACAAGGAUAUAACAAAGCAUUGGAUUAGUAGAGAGCUGGCUUUGUUACAAAAACUCAUUGAUCGAGCAAAUGAGAAAGGAUGGAGACGCGAGCUUUUUGAAUACUUGGAUAGGAGAAAGAAGCUUCAAACACCUUCUGAACAAUCACGGUUGCUUGAAAAUGUUCCCACGGUGAUACCGGAUCUAGAAUAUAUUUCUGAUGAUAGCAAGAAUGGCAUAAAAUUCGAUAAAGGCUCUUCAAAGUCAAUUCUUCAAUGUAGUUCUACUGUUCCCAAUGGUGGGCCAGAGGACAACCGAAUUUCAGAGUCCUUAGAGAUCAAGGACAAGAGGCUCAAGGCGCCUAUCACCAAGGUUUAUUCGAGAAGGAGAAAACUUGAAAUCAACUCACAUGAUCCAAGAAUUGACCCUGAAACAGUCACAGGAGAGAAGCUUAAUCAUAAUCGUGCAUCAGCUUCAGAAAAAAAGCAACAUCUUGCGGAAAGAUCUGCCUCGAGAGAACCUGUGCAAUUUGCUUCAGAAAAGAAAGAGAUUAAAUUAGAGGCCUGUCAUUUUAAAGAGAUGCCAAAGAACUCGCCACAAGGUAUGUAUGCUGUAAUUACAGCAGAUAAAACCCCAGAGGUUAAGAGCAUUGAGGUGAUUGACUUGGUUGGUCAUUGACGACAAAGACGAAGAUGAUAUGGACAUCAGUUGUGCUAUUACGAACAGGAAGUAAGUAAUAUUACUAUAUGGCGACGGCUCCCUGCAGCAUUUGCUUUGGAAAACGUAAUGCUUUUAGAUAAUAACGAACAAAAUCAGUCGAGAAGCUGAAAACUUCUCUUAAAGAACUGCCUGCAAGUUGUGUUUAUAGCAUCGUUUGGAGGGUCUAUUUUAUGGGUGAAUUUGUAGGAUGUAUUACCAACUUGGUUAAGGUACAUAUUUUCUGGUAAAGGUACAUAUUUUCCUUUUUCAUUUU